UGUACGAAGGGCCUAAGUAAGAUUGAAGAUUCUAAACGUAAUAAAAGAACUUUUAUGUUGAGCAUGCGGAUGCCAGUCUUUGGUAGGAACUAGUUAUAAUUAAAGAAUGAUGCUUGCAACAUUAUUUUUCGCAUUCGCGACAGCAACGCUUUUCCUUUCCAACUUUUAAAACAGAAAUCGAUACGAGGUGGAUCUUGAUUCUUAUUGAUUUAUUAUCAGACUAUAUGUUUAUUUCAUUGCCUUGCUAAUUUCUCUAGCGAAGCAGACAUUAUAAUUUGUGUUGUGUGAACAUUCAUUUUCCAGGAAUAAAAGUGAAUCCAUAUUAUUCGAUAGCGAAUGUGAACUGCUUAAUAUACCAAAAAACAACCAGGGAAAGACCAAGUGUAUUUUGUUUAAAUUAUCUACAAUUCAUACUAUUUUAAAGACGCUAAUAAGAUGGGCGAUCCAUUGGAAUUGACCACAUGGCCUAGUCAUGAAAGUACAUUUUAUGAAAUAACAAGUGGAGCUGUAGCUUUCUCAGUGAGAGCAGCCCGAAACAUAGUAAUAGGUUUAUCAAGGAAAGUAAUCCGCACCUGUGACUAUUGGAUUGUACUAAGUAAUGAUCCACACAGUUUUAUAAAAAAGGGUAAUGAGCACCGUGUGAAGGUUCGCACUCCUGGAAUUCUUAGUGCGGAGAAUUAUACUAAGUUUUGGAUUACAUGGUACGGGAACUUCAUAAGACUUGGCCAGGGUGAUGACCCCAACCCAUUGAUCACAUGUCCCAACAAAGUGCCCGGUUUACGGUACAUCACUCUCGAUGUCAAGUCGAGAAGGGAACGAACACCUGUGCAUUGGAAAGUUGAAUUACCUCCUAUUAUUCGGAGUCACAAAUUAAAGCCAUUAGAAGCUCCCAAACCGUUCUGGUAUGACCCUAAAGAUUAUAUGCCAUUUGGGGCAUACAUUGGUGGAUUUGAAGAUGAACCUGUGUAUGUAGCCAAAGCUUAUCAUAAUGGUUCAAUGGUUCCGGGCAAGUAUGUCCGGUCUGACAAUGUUUGUUAUGUGCCAUGGGGAGGAGCUGCACAUGCCAAAGAUGAGUUUCAGAUUUUAUGCGGCUACAAUUUGAUAUGGAUCAGUAGUUACAGUGAUAAGGUACCAGUUAAUGCAGUACCUGGCGGCUAUUCAGAAGAUGAUGUGCCCGAGAGGCUUUACAUAGGUAGGGCAAGACAUGAAGGGCACAUUAUACCUGGUAAGGUACAACCAUCUCACAGAGUCUGUUAUAUAGCUUAUAAAGAUAAAGAAAUAGCCAAAACACACUAUCAAAUCUUGGUGAUACCCGAUGGCAGUGAACGACGUGCAAAUAAAUUUUAUACAUAUGGAUUGGAAUGUGAUACUGGCUCAGAGUCUGAGAAUGAUGAUAAUGAACAAGAUGACUCCGACUAUGAGUAAAGAGGUUUUAUCGGGGAGUUUCUACUGUUGUUACACAUGUAUAACAACAAUGUGUGUGAUGACAGUUGAAUGAUAAAUGAUU